UACAUUGAAUGAAAAGUAAAACACAAAUAUAAACAAGAAAAAAAAUUAUAUAACGGCAUUCAAUAAGAGGAAAAAACAACUUUUAUAAUAAUAAUCAGCAUCUAUGACGACAAUGGAUUCCACACAUUCACCGUCAAACUUUUCAAUAAAUCAAUUUACUCAUGAAAAAUCCGUGAAUACGUCACAGGAAACAACUACAUCAUAUAAUCCAAACAUCUACCAUCAACAAACCUAUGAUACCUCAGAUUCAUUUGAAUCAUCUAACAGUAAAAAUAUGGAAAUCAACUCAAUGGGAAUGCAAAAUUUAUCCAUGAAUUCGAUGGAGAUUCACAAUCUAAAUCCCAACAGUGUAAAUUUAAACACUGUUUUGCCUACUGCUGAAACAAUGUAUAAUGAUUUUACUGGCAUUGGAGAUAAUUCAACUCCAGCCACAACUCAUAGUAAUUCACCAAGUACAUCAUAUGGUCCUAAUAGUUCAUCAUCGAAAAAUCCUAGUGAAUCUAAUUCUCCAAAUUAUUGCGGAUUAAAUUCAUCUUUAGAUCAAAUAAAAAAAGGAAACAAUCAUAUUAAAGAAUCGAUUGUGUUUGCUGUUUCAAAACUGAACAUGUGUGAUAUACCAUUACGACGGCAAGUAUUUGAAUCAUUGAUCAAUAAACAAGCAGAACAUUCAAGUGCAGAAAAACGAAUACCUGGUUUCAAAGAAUUUUUGGAAAUUGAAAAAUGUAAAACAUUAUAUCCGAUUGAAAAUGAACGUCUUGAAGAAUUGAAUAAGGCCUGUCUUUUGCUUCGAAAUCCAUAUGAACAAAUUGUCAAUACAAAUACACAUCAUUUGACAGAUGCUGUUCAAGUGACCGAAGCCGCUAUACGACGGUUGAUACAAAUGUCGAAUAAAUUGAGCUCUUUUAAUCGUCUAUCACAAGUUGAUAAAAUAGCUUUGCUUAAAAGUUCCAUAAUUGAGAUGUUUUGCAUUCGUGCUACAACUAAUUUCAAUAUUGAAAAUAAUUUUUGGUAUUUCGUUGAUGAUCAAAACAAAGGACUUUCAUUGGUUUCGAUGGAAGUACUUACUGCUGCUCAAAUUAAUUUUCUCUCACAUAAAGAGUUUGCCAUUAAAUAUCAAUCAGAAUUCCGUAAUGAUAAUAUUAUUGCCGAUUUGCUUACAGUCAUAAUCCUAUUCCGGCCAUCAAGAGCAACAGUUUCCGUGUCUAAUAUUGUUCAUGAAGAAUUUCUCAACUAUUGUUAUUUACUACGCCGUUAUCUUCAGGUUAAACAUGAUGGUGAUUCAUGUGCAGCUAAAACAUCAUUUAUAACAUUAAUGUAUCGUCUUGAAGAACUAUUUCAUUUAUCGGAAGAUAUUGUUCGUAUCUAUAUGGACCUUAAUCCACAAAAUGCAGGGCAAUUAUUCGUCGAACUUUUUGAUCUCUCAUGAUUUUUGUUUUCUUUUCUUUAAACAUUCGAAACUAUUAUUUGCAAUUAUCUAUCCAAAUAUCAUCAUAAAUAUCAAAUACUUGAAUAAUAUCAUUGUUUAAUUCCAUAAUCAUCAUCAUUUAUAUAACAAAAUAAAUAAAUAUCCAUUACAC